UCCCGCCCAUGCGUUUGUCUCGCUUGUCUUCCCGCGUCUGCGCACCUCCGCCCGGCCUAGACCUCCCCGCAGUACACUUCACCCCUCCGCACGGACAGCAUGUCUGAAUACAGCGCGGUGCCGCCGCUCGGAGCCGGUGGACUCAAGAAAGACGCGUUCGCCGACGCGGUACAGCGCGCCCGGCAGAUUGCAGCAAAGAUUGGCGGAGACGUCACGGGUCCCCCCAUGAGCAAUAACGGCGGAGCGGAGAGUUUUCCCUUCGCGGCACAGAAGCGAUCGCUGGAGGACGGAGAUCAGCCUGAAAGUAAGAAGAUGGCGUCUGACAGAGACAAUGGCUCAGCCUUGUCUAUCGGAGCCCAGCUGGCUGCCCUUUCUCAGCAGAGUGUACGUCCCUCGUCCAUCACAGAGGAGUACAGAGUCCCUGACGGCAUGGUUGGGCUCAUUUUAGAGGAAAAACAGUCCUCAUCUCUGCUGAACACCAGCGCUGACGGCACACCUGCUGAAAGCAGCUCCAGCUGUGGCAGCAUGAGAGAGAGAGAAAGUGACGGAGACGUGCGAAGUAAAAGUGCAGAAAGGCAGGGUCUAUUUCAUGCACAACUUGAACAAACUACAACAGUCAUUGGUCGAGGUGGAGAGCAGAUCAACAAGAUCCAGCAGGAGUCUGGCUGUAAAGUUCAGAUCGCUCCAGACAGCGGCGGUCUUCCAGACAGGAUUGUGUCUCUCACCGGCGGCCCUGAAGCCAUCCAAAAGGCCAAAAUGCAGCUGGAUGACAUCAUCUCUCGGGGGCGGGGCACUCCUCCCUCCUUCCACGAGUCGACCAAUGGGAGUGGCCACAUGCAGGAAAUGGUCAUUCCAGCAGGGAAAGCGGGGCUCAUCAUCGGCAAAGGAGGAGAGACCAUUAAACAGCUGCAGGAGCGAGCUGGCGUGAAGAUGAUUUUGAUUCAGGACGCUUCUCAGGGGCCAAACAUGGACAAACCUUUGCGCAUCAUUGGAGAUCCUUACAAAGUCCAGCAAGCGCGUGAAAUGGUGCAGGAGAUUCUGCGAGAGCGGGAUCAUCCUGGCUUCGACAGAAAUGAGUACGGCUCUCAAAUAGGUGGAGGAAUCGAGGUGCCUGUUCCGCGUCACUCUGUGGGCGUCGUGAUUGGCCGAAGCGGAGAGAUGAUCAAGAAGAUUCAGAACGAUGCCGGCGUGAGGAUACAGUUUAAACCAGAUGACGGUAGUGGUCCAGAUAAGAUCGCUCACAUAAUGGGUCCCCCGGACCGCUGCGAACACGCCGCCAGUAUCAUCAACGACCUUCUGCAGAGCAUCCGAGUACGAGAGGAAGGAGGAGAGGGUCCCCCCGGUCCUCCGGGCACAGGCAUGCCUCCAGGUGGGCGUGGCAGGGGGCGUGGCCCAGGAAACUGGGGCCCACCCGGCGGUGAGAUGACCUUUUCAAUCCCCGCCCAUAAAUGCGGUCUGGUGAUCGGCCGAGGUGGCGAGAAUGUGAAAGCCAUCAACCAGCAGACGGGCGCCUUCGUGGAGAUCUCGCGCCAGCCGCCGCCCAACGGUGACCCCAACUUCAAACUGUUUAUCAUCCGGGGAUCUCCUCAGCAGAUCGACCACGCCAAACAGCUGAUCGAGGACAAGAUCGAGGGUCCCCUGUGCCCUGUUGGACCUGGACCGGGCGGGCCGGGCCCCGCUGGACCCAUGGGCCCCUACAACCCGAACCCCUACCAGCCCGGACCCCCUGGUGGACCACCACACGGUGGUCCUCCUGGCGGUCAGUAUCCUCAGGGUUGGGGAAGCACAUACCAGCAGUGGCAGCCACAUGAUCCCAGUAAAGCAGCAGCGGAUCAUAACGCGGCCUGGGCAGCUUAUUACGCACAGUACUACCAGCAGCCCGCAGGGGGCGCUAUGCCCGAACAGAUGUCUGCGGCCCAACCGGCCGCUCCCGCUCCUGCUGACCAGAGCCAAGCUGCUCCCGGCGCCGCCCAGCCCGACUACACCAAGGCCUGGGAGGAGUACUACAAAAAGAUGGCUCUGUGUUUUGCUGAUGAAAAUCAUCUCUCAUCUCUAUCAGCUGCAGCAGGAGGAGGUGCUGCUCCCGCCGCAGGAGGAGCUCAAGCCCCGGGAGCUGCAGCGGCGGGACAGACGGACUACAGCGCCGCAUGGGCGGAGUACUACAGACAGCAGGCUGCUUAUUACGGACAGACGGGACAGGCCGCGGGACAGCCAGGCGCCACACCGCAGGGCCAACAGGCGCAGUGAAGUGACUGCUGAACUCUCAUCCGUUCUGCUCCUUCCCUCCAUCCUCUCACUCUCCUCUGACAAAAGGACUUCUGCUCUUCCCGUUUUGUUUGUUUUUCUUUCUCGUGUCCAGUUGAAAAGCUCUGUGACUCUCUCUCCUCUGAAGCCGGAUUUCUGUCUUUAUGAAACCAUACGGCUUCUGUAAAUGCUCGUUUCUCCUCCUGGUUUUUGCUGGAUGCAUAAACGCUGAUGGAUUAAACUCAAACUCUGCCUUCCCCUCCACAAACACUUCGUCCCUUGCAUCAGUGUGACUCAUGGCCAGGAAACACAAGGGAACGCUUCAACUAACUUCCUCACAUGAGCGUGCACUUCCUGUUGUUGUAUUGUUAUUAUUUUAAUUAAGUAUUUGAGGAAACCGGUACAUUUAGAGAAUCUUCAGGUGUAAAUAACUACUGUUUCAAACUCAAUGAAUAACCAUGUCUUUUUUUAAUGCCUUGUGUUUUUGCUUUUAGUCGUUUUAAUUUGAUUUCGUGCUGGAACAUUCCCACUGUUUUAAUGUGUUCACUUUUCUUUCUUUCUGUUCAUUUAGUGAUUUUUUUCUCCUGUGAUUAUCAAAUGGGGUUUCAGUCUGUGUGUCCUGUGUGCGCGAGAGUGUGUUCUGGUACUGAAACUCAAGCCGUGUGUGUUGCUCCUCACUCUGUGAAAUGAGGGUUUCUGUUCUGUUUUGUUUCUUCCCACCCCAAGUUACUUGAAGCCAUGAUGUUAUAAAUAUAUAAAUUGUAUGUUUUUUUUUUUUUUUUUUUUUACUGCUUGUUUUUAAAAUAUACAAAAUAAACAUUACAAAAUCCUUGUCCGAUCACAUGACCGCUGUUCAGUCUGAUAGUGUUUUUUGAAAUACAAUCAUUAGCGUUACUUUUGAUCAUUCUUCUGGUUGGUGACUAGAAGAGCCGCCCAAACAUUUUACUAUAAAAGGCCAAAAAGAACUUGAUUAAUGGUUGUGGGAAGAAAGUAAAUAUUACAAUAUCUACAUUUUUUCGUUUUUUGUAAUUUUCCAUUUUAUCUAAUUCACUUAUUCUCUGCAUUUCAAUGCCAAAAUAAUAAAAAUGUUGAAAUAAGAUGGAUUUGAAUGGAAGAUGUGCUUAAAUGGCUUUUUUUUGUUGUUUUCGACCAGUCCUGGUUUAGGCAUCCGUUUUAAGUUCAGACUAUUAGACCUGUAAUUACUGGCAGUUAAUCAGGUUAGUUUUUCUGUAACGUUACUUUAGAAAGGUUCAUUACAAGAACGAUAACUAUAGCUUUUAGUCAGGGUAGUUAUUUAAUUUCUGAUAGGAAUGAAAACGAGGCUGUGAGGCGCAGAAGUACCUUGCGUUUAAUGGACUGUGCUGUUUAACAACAAAUAAUAAAGAAAAACUCUGGCAAAUACAUGAAUGAUAUUCUAGAGAAAGAUUUCAACAUUAUUCAGAUCACAGCUGGGAAUUCAAGUGCAAGAACAUCAGAGAACAACAGACACUUGAGUGUGUGUCUGUCAGUUUAGUGCCUGAACAAAAUCUUUUGGAGAUAAACGCUAACAGCACAAUAUUUGCAGUAAUAAUGAAAACGCAUACAAAAAAA